UUUGAAUCCUCAUAUAGUGAACAACCAUGAAUUUAAGUUUAGAAAGAUUCGUUGGUAAGGUGGCUGUAGUAACAGGUGCUUCGGCAGGAAUCGGAGCUGCUAUUGUAGAAGAUUUGGUAAAAAAUGGAGUCAUAGUUGCUGGAUUAGCCAGAAGAGUAGAUCGCAUAGUAGACCAAGCAGAACAGCUAAAAGAUGAACCUGGCAAGCUUUAUGGUUUCAAAUGCGAUUUGACAGUUGAAGAAGAUAUAAAAUCAGCUUUCAGGAAAAUCAUCAGAAAAUUAGGCGAUAUUCAUGUAUUAGUCAACAAUGCUGGGCUAAUGCUGUCAACUGAUCUAAUUAAUGGCGAUACUGAAAAAUGGAAAACAAUGCUUGAUACAAAUGUACUGGCUCUUUGCAUCGCAACUAGAGAAGCUCUACAAAACAUGAUCUCCAAAGGCACCAAGGGGCAUAUAAUUCAUAUCAACAGUAUAACUGGACACCAAAUACUGGAUAUACCUCGAUUAAGUGUAUACGGAGCUAGCAAAUUUGCAGUAACAGGUUUGGCAGAAACCCUGUGCAAUGAUUUGAAUAGGGAAAAAAUUCCUGUUAAAGUAACUAGCAUCAGUCCAGGAUAUGUGAAAACAGAGUUUUGUUCAGUUGCUGAAAUUCCAGAUGAGUUCUUGGAACAAUUGACAGCUUUGCACUCCAACGAUAUUUCGGCUGCAGUUAUUUAUGCUCUAUCUACUCCACCGCAUGUUAAUGUGACUGAAAUUACAGUUAAACCACUGGGAUCUUCUUUGUAAGUUCACAUCACAAUCUCAACAAAAAUAGUUUUACUGUAAUAGGUAUUCACAAUUCACAAAAAAUAAUUUUUAGAAAAUGAUAGCCAGAAAUGCUUGAUAAAAUAAAAUAAAAAAACAAUAACCAUCGUGUUCAAACACUUUUAUUUCACAUUUACACACAAAAAAAAAUACCUCAGUUCAGUCUCAGAAAGCCUCACAUUAGUAUACAAACAACAAUAUACAGAAAAAAAAAUUAUAAUACAAAAUAGUCACAGAAAAAAAAAACAGUUAGCUUAAGCUUGAUUGAAAGUGUAACUGUAACCAUCAGGAGAUCUGUUAAGAGACAAUUUUCCUGGUGGAUAGAACCUGUGAGGAGCUGGAGUGGUCGAGUAUUGUGGUUUUGGUUGUGGUUGUGGUCGGUAUUGAGGCUGUGGCUGAUAUUGGGGCUGUGGUUGGUAUUGUGGCUGAGGUUGGUAUUGUGGUUGAGCCUGGGGCCUGUAUUGCUGUUGUGGUGGUUGGUAGUCUGGAGCGUUGUAUUGAGGUAGCGGUUGGUAUUGAGGAAUACCAUCGCCUGUUGCCAUGAAACCGUGUUUGCCUGCAGUAUAGCUGAUGGUGUGUCUAAAAUAACGCAUUAUUAUUAUUUUUGAAUUGAUUGGGGGAAAAAUGUUUUACCUUUGGCCAUUGGGAUCAACGUAGGAAUAGCUUCCUCUGCGAGUGCCAUCGGCUUCACUUUCUUCCUUGAAAUUUACUCCGUCUUCUUGUGUGUAGGUAGCGCCGAAUCGGCCGUCUCCGCCUAGAUAUCUUUGCUCGGCUACGAUGGCGGCUGUUCUCGGAUCACCUUUGUAGCCUUGGCCAAGAGCUAGGCCUAGCACUGCUGAUAGGACAAC